UGCUGUUUCUGUAUUGCAGUGAAUGAUUUAGGAGGAGACUUUAAAGGACAUGGUAAAAGCUCCUUAGCUGCUGAUAAAGUUGUUGAAGAAAUAAGAAGGAAAGGUGGAAAAGCAGUGGCCAACUAUGAUUCAGUGGAAGCAGGGGCGAAGAUUGUGAAGACAGCAUUGGAUGCUUUUGGAAGAAUAGAUGUUGUGAUCAACAAUGCUGGGAUUUUGAGGGACCGUUCUUUUUCUAGGACAAGUGAUGAAGACUGGGAUCUAAUCUACAGAGUUCAUUUGUGGGGCUCAUUCCAAGUGACACGGACAGCAUGGGAACACAUGAAGAAACAGAAUUAUGGAAGGAUCAUUAUGACUUCCUCAGCUUCAGGAAUAUAUGGCAACUUUGGCCAGGCAAAUUAUAGUGCUGCAAAGCUUGGUCUUCUGGGCCUAUCAAAUACUCUUGCAAUUGAAGGCAUGAAAAAUAAUAUUCAUUGUAACACUAUUGCUCCUACUGCGGGAUCACGUAUGACUGAGACUGUUUUGCCAGGAGAAUUUGUAAAAAGUCUGAAGCCAGAUUAUGUGGCACCUCUGGUUCUUUGGCUUUGCCACGAGAGUUGUGAGGAAAACGGUGGCUUAUUUGAGGUAUUCUGCAGCUUCCUGAACAAAUUACGCUGGGAGCGGACCCUUGGAGCCAUUGUAAGGCAGAAGAAUCAGCCAAUGACUCCUGAGGCGGUGAAGGCUAACUGGGCGAAGAUCUGUGACUUUAGUAAUUCCAGCACACCUCAGAGUGUACAAGAGUCAACUGGGAAGGUACUUGAUGUUCUAAGUAAAAUAAAUUCAGGAGGAGUUUCGACAAAUAAUACCAGUCAUGCAACAACAUCAGGACUUGCUGGAGCUAUUGGCCAUCAAUUUCCUCCAUUUUCCUCUGCUUAUACUGAGCUGGAAGCAAUUAUGUAUGCCCUUGGAGUGGGAGCGUCCAUCAAGGAGCCAAACGAUUUCAAAUUUAUUUAUGAAGGAAGUUCUGAUUUCUCCUGUUUGCCUACCUUUGCUGUUAUCUUAGCUCAGAAACCUCUAAUGAGUGGAGCACUAGCAGAGAUUCCUGGGCUUUCAAUCAACUUAGCAAAGAUUCUUCAUGGGGAGCAAUACCUGGAGUUAUAUAAACCACUUCCCAGAACAGGAAAAAUGAGAUGUGAAGCAAGUGUUGCUGAUGUCCUAGAUAAAGGAUCCGGUUUAGUAAUUCUUAUGGAUGUCUAUUUGUAUUCUGAGAAGGAACUUCUUUGUUAUAAUCAGUUCUCCAUCUUUGUUGUUGGCUCUGGAGGGUUUGGUGGAAAACGAACAUCCGACAAAGCUAAGGUAGCUGUAGCCAUACCUAAUAGACCUCCUGAUGCUGUACUUACAGAUACCACCUCACUUAAUCAGGCUGCCUUGUACCGCCUAAGUGGAGACUGGAAUCCAUUACACAUUGAUCCUAAUUUUGCCGGCAUAGCAGGUUUUGACAAGCCCAUAUUACAUGGAUUAUGCACAUUUGGAUUUUCUGCCAGGCAUGUUUUAAGGCAGUUUGCCAAUAAUGAUGUGUCCAGAUUCAAGGCAGUGAAGGUUCGUUUUGCAAAACCAGUAUAUCCAGGUCAAACUCUACAAACUGAGAUGUGGAAGGAAGGAAACAGAAUUCAUUUCCAAACUAAGAUCCAAGAAACUGGAGACAUUGCCAUUUCAAAUGCAUAUGUAGAUCUUGUGCCAACAACUGAUAUUUCAGCUAAGAUGCCCUCUGCGGAUGGGGAACUUGAGAGCACCUUUGUGUUUAAGGAAAUAGGUCACCGCCUUAAGGAUGUAGGGCAUGAGGUCGUGAAGAAAGUAAAUGCUGUAUUUGAGUGGCAUAUAACUGAUGGUGAUAAUGUUGCAGCUAAAUGGACUAUUGACCUAAAAAAUGGUUCUGGAAAAGUGUAUCAAGGCCCUGCAAAAGAUUCUGCUGAUACAACCAUCAUAAUUUCAGAUGAAGAUUUCAUGCAAGUGGCUCUGGGCAAGCUUGAUCCUCAGAAGGCGUUUUUUAGUGGCCGACUGAAGGCAAGAGGGAACAUCAUGCUGAGUCAGAAGCUUCAGAUGAUUCUUAAAGAAAACGCCAAGCUUUGA